AUGAGAGAUGGUAAAUACAUUGUUCGCAUGGAUAGAACAACACCGUUAUGGGAUGUUAUGAAAACAUUGUGGGAGUGCAAAUAUUUCGAACCUAUUUCUUAUGGAGAACUUUUCACAUAUACGACUGACUUAUAUAAACAGAACCUUGCACCAUUUAAAGAUUUGACAUAUGCUCCAAAGUAUUGUGUACAACUGAAGAAGAAAGCCGAGUCAAAAGAAGUAAAUAAAAAUAAGUGCAAGUUCAUUCCUGAGCACGUUUUCUUUGCUGACUUUGAGUGUAGCACAGACGGCUUUCAUAAAGCUUUUAACAUCUGUUACGACAGUGAAGAUGGUUCAGUGAGUGAAAGCAUAUGGGGUCAGAACUGUGCAACAGAAUUUUUGGAGCGACUUCCUGACAAGAGUUUAAUAUAUUUCCAUAACCUCAGUUAUGACAUAAACUUCAUCUUAAGACACAUGACAGAAGUGAAAGGAACUCCCAUCAUUAAAGGUUCACGAACAAUGCAAAUAACUGGCUUAUAUAAAGGAAGGGCAAUUAUUAUAAAAGACUCUUACAGUGUUAUAAAUAAGAAACUUAAACUAUUUCCUGCUAUGUUUAACUUACAAACAGGACCGAAAGAAGUAUUUCCAUACAACUACUACAGCAGUGUUUUGUUAGCAAAUGACAACAGAACUGGUGUCAUUUCUGAAGCAUGUAAGUUUAUCCGGGAUGCAGAUACAUUCAUGAAAAACAUAGAUUCCAUCAAAGGUUGCAGAAUAGAUGAAAACCACUUCGACUUAGAAAAAUAUAGCACAUUCUAUUGCAAACAAGAUGUAAGAAUUUUAAGAGAA